AUGCUGGAACUCGCUCGUCUCGUCGUGGGUGUUGCCCGAUUACCUCCAGCUCGAGUCAACGCUGCUCUCGACCGGAGCCUUCAAGCUGCCACUAACGUCGGUGAGGUGCUGGCUGCUGCCGUUGAUCCUCCGCGUCUCCCUCUUGCAGAGGCUGAUGAACUGGUGGCCCUCCGCCGCGAGAACGACCGGCUGCAGGCAGAGCUCUCCGACACCAAAGAUAAACUCGCUGAAGAGAUGAACCUUCGGACCAAGUCGGACUACUUCCUCGUCUCGGCCAACUCCGAGUGCGACCAAGCUCUGGACCUCGUCCAGGACAUGCGUGUCCAGCUCAGCAACGCCAGCGCUCAGUUGAUGCAAGCGAACGCGGUCAACGCUCACCACGCUGAUGUCACUCAGUCGUUGGAGAAGUGGACGCUCGUUGCUGAGGCCGAUUCGGCCGCUGCUGUACGCCGGAACACCCAGCUCCACGAGCGCAUAAGUGCAAGCCUCGUUACCUACAACACUCAGUUGGAGAGGCUUCGCAAGCAGUUGGCCGACCGCGACCGAGCAAACGUCAUCCCCGCACGCAUUCAAGCGUUGACGGACGAGAACAACAGCUUGCGGCGAGCGAACUCUAUCCUUCGUCGGCACUCGGCUGCAUACGGACUCGACGCCGACGCCUUGGUCCUGGCCUCAGCCGGCAUCUCCGCCGCAGAGAUCGAUUGGAAUCUUCUCGGGCUGUGA